AUGAAGUCUAGUCGGGGACCUCUAUCCCAAAGGCUCGGUGAGCAGGCCCGGGAUUCUGCUCUCUUUGCUCUCGAUGUCGCUCAAGAUCCUCAGCUGUACAUGGACCGCGGAUGGGAGGCUUCUCGGAGAUACUUCUUCUCCGUGAUCUUUAUCGCCAUCAUCGUGUCCAAAUGUUUCCAUAUCCUAGUUCACCUCAAGUCGUUGACUGUGCUCUCGUUCCUCUUCUGGGGUCUGUCCUUCUUCCUGGUUGAUUUCGUGCUCAUUCUGGUCGCGUGCGCCCUGGCGCGUUCCUUCAGGUAUCCGUUAUGGCGUUACCUGGCUGCCUUCGCCACUGUCCUGUGGAGUUUGUAUACCGCAUCGAUGACCGCCGCCAGUAUUUCCUACUACUUCCACGUCGGGCAUGAGAUUCACUGGCGCAACAUCAACAAUUUCCACCAUGAUAAGCCUACUGCCUGGGCGGUCUUGACCGCAUUGGGCUUCGCAAUCAUCAUUGAUGUGUUGAUCUACAUCGCGGCCUACUACGCAACCCCGCAUCUCUUCCGUAUCACCGAUGCCUACCUCGCAACCUGGAUUUCCCUUCUGCCCGCCAAAUACCGCUGCACCCGCCGCAAGGCCCACACUCUGCCGGAUCCUGAGAUAUAUGAGCAGAUUGCGAUCGAUGACUAUGAUGAGAACCACGAGUCCGCAGGAUUGCUGGAGACACCCGAGGACCAGCCUCAGGCCUCGCUCUCACCCGAGAAAAAGAGUCAGCCGAUGCUCAAGCGUGGACUUGUGAUUGCGUGCACUGUGGCCAUCCUACUUCUGCGUUUCGUUCGCCCCUCUGAUGCGACCUACGAGUUCCUCUCGGCCACUCUGCCGCUCGCGCCGUUCAAGGGCCUCAUCUAUCGCCCCAACCAGGGAAGCGUUGCCGAGCUGCCGGGCGAUUUCAGCUGGCUGGAAGGCAAAACAGCCUUGGAUGACUUCCCAGCCUUUGAUUGGCUUCGCACUGAUGAUUCCUCUAAUGGGUUUGUGGAAUGGUCUCCUUUCAAAAUCAACCACACAGAGCACUUCCAAAAACACUACAACCCGGCAAAGGACCCAUUGCAUACGAUCAACCUGGACCAGGAGAUCUUGGAGCCUAUCCGGGAGGUGCUCCAGAAUGGCACUGUCAAGAUCAAGCAUGUCAUCGUCAUCAAACUGGAGAGUAAUCGCCAGGAUGUGUUCCCCUUCCGCUCGGACUCUUAUAUCAUGAAGCAUAUCAAAGAAUCUUUCGACGGUGAAAUUCCCAAGGAAGUUCUUGAUCGUCUCGGAACGCUUACUCCCAUGGCUCAGCGCUUCACUGGCUUUGAGACUGGAUUUGAAAGCAGCGAGAAAUUGCAGCCUUUUGGUGGAAUCAGUGCCAAGAAUGCCUAUACAUCUGGUACCUACACCAUGAAAAGUCUGACGGGAACUGUGUGCGGUGUGAACCCUAUCGCUGUAUUCAACAACCUUGAGUACUAUCACGAUAUUUACCAGCCCUGCUUGCCGCAUAUUUUCAACUCAUUGAGUGCCCAGCCGAACAAGACUACUGAGACAGAAGAUUGGAUGUCCUGGCCAUGGCACACCAUGUGGUUGCAGUCUCACUACGGUACUUGGGACAAGCAAUACGCCCUUACCCCGGCCAUGGGAUUCUCGGAGGUCAUGGACAAGGAGUUCCUGGAAGAGUUCAAUGACAAAUAUCUGCCAGAGGAGAAGCACGACCACGACUACCCGGACAAGACCCUGAACGGAUAUCUCCGGGAUGUUAUUACCGAGGCGAAAGAGAAGAAGAGACGCCUCUUUUUGACUCAUCUCACCCACAACACUCAUACUCCGUACUACAAGCCUGGUGACUAUGAGGAACUGUUCGGAAACACAGCCGGAUGGAACGAAAAGAUCAACAGGUAUCUGAACACCAUCGUCUACCAAGAUGAAUGGUUGGCCGAUAUCAUGCAAAUCCUGAACGAAAACGACAUGACCGAUGAGACCUUGCUUGUUAUGGCUGGUGACCAUGGCCUUUCACUUCCCAACGACGGUGGUGUGACAGCCAACCACGACCCACACGUCGGCAGUUUCCACGUGCCCCUUCUGUUCUCUCACCCCAAGCUGCCCCAGAUUGAAGUCGACAGCGCUGUCCUCUCGACCCAGAUCCUUCCCACCAUCCUCGACCUUCUCAUUGAAUCGGCCUCCAUCGACGAGCAUGACACCAAGAUCGUCAAGGAUCUGCUCUCCAUGUACGAAGGCCAGUCCAUGCUCCGCACCCUCAUUCCAGAGCAAGAUGGCAAGCACGAAUGGCACUUCUCUACCAUGAACCCCGGCGGAACCUGGGUUUCCAUGCGCGCAGCCGAGCAGCCAUACCGCCUGGUUGUGCCCUUGAUUUCCGACGCCCCCUGGCGAUUCACCGAUGUCGUCGCCGAUCCAUUCGAGCUCCGCCCCGAAGAGCAUCUAAACAUCGUUGACCUUCACGACAUUGUGCAAACGCGCUACGGCCCUGCCGCCGCAAAGUGGCUCUCCGAGGCUGCCCACGUAUCCCAGUGGUGGAUCGCAGAGAAUCAUUUGCGCUGGGGAUACAAUGCCACAUUGGAGGCAUAG